AUGGUGUCACUUUAUGAAAUGCUGCAACGACGGCGUACACGCACCUUAAAAACUGGGGCACCGGCCUUGGACGCUCUACUCCCCGGUUGUGGAGUGUACGAUAUCCAAGCAGUACCUGGAUGUAUGGCACAAUAUCAAACGGUGGCAGCUAUGAUGGCCGAACAUUUACAUUUAUCACCCGAGAAUCGUGUAGUCUCUAUAGAUACAUUGAACCCAUUCCCCUUCCACUUGUUGCAAGACCACAAAAUGUUUGACCGAUGGAUUGACGGAGAUGGUGAUCAGACACCCCCACGUCUAUUGUCUCUCACCGCUAAUUCAAUGUCUUGCCUAUACAACUGUUUGAUGCUGGACCCCCAGAUCGCCCAGUGCUCGCUUCUAAUAGUCAAUAACUUCCACGAGCUUGUAGAAUUAUAUAGACAUGAGGUUUCUUCGAUACAUGAGGAGGCUCUUUUAAAACAUCAAAUUGUUGUAAAUUCCACAUUCCAAGCAAAUUUGGCCAAAUUUAAAGAAGAGGGGACUUUCCCCCACCUUCCGAAACUUCCAGCUCAGAGUGACUUGUUGAAGGAAACUCCAACUAGACGGUUCAAUACCCACAUGAAUCUUCUUAUGGCAGCCAUUUCCCUGAUGGUUGAGAAUGGUCUGACGUGUUGCUUAUUGGUUGGGUAUUUGGAUACAAAGAGAGUAUCAUAUACCAAUGGAAAUGCUACUAUGAAUCGAGUUUCACCGGCGGUGCAGGACCACCACCACCACCCACGUGGAAUGGGACUAUCACUGCCAAUGCCGCAAACUUCUUCAGAACUUUCAUCACAACAACUGUUUCGUUUGAUGAUGACGUGUACCACUCUUGGCACUUCCUUUGAUAGAUAUCUUGCCUGUAGAAUGCUCUAUUACAAGGAGAUCACCACCGAUUUGGACGUGGAAACAAACGUCAAGGUAUGGAACUUACAAGAGGAACGCACUGGUGAAGUGAAAGGGCUAAGAUUGACAGUUGGUGGAAUUGAUCGAGAGGAUGACCAACCAAUGACCCAAACGCAGGAGAAUAACCACACACUCCCGUUCCGGUUACCCUCUUCUCCGAACUUCACCGACAGUCAACGACGGGAGUUUCUUGAUCAACUGGUAGUGAUGGAGGAACGAGUUCCAUCAAGUUCUCCUCUCACGAAUAUCUCGAGUCAAUCGUCGGUCGUGGAGGCGUCUGAUGAAGAUGAUGAGCUUUUGGAUGUAGUGACCUAUCAGACAAUCACCCCAUGUAUCAGGCCACUCGACGAGCUGGUCUUAGAAUGA